GAGUGUUUAGUCGACAAUUGAACACCGUAACGGAUGGGACAGGCCGCGACCGAUCAGUUCUCAUCGAGCGGUGUGAAAAGCACGUGCAAACCAGUGAAAUUUAUCUUACACAGUACGGAACCAAAGAUUAAUUGCAGAAAUGGCAAAGACACCAGCGGUCGGUAUAGAUCUUGGCACGACCUACUCGUGUGUCGGUGUGUUCCAGCACGGCAAGGUGGACAUCAUUGCUAAUGAUCAGGGCAACCGGACUACCCCAUCCUAUGUGGCAUUCACCGAUACGGAACGGUUGAUUGGGGAUGCUGCCAAGAAUCAGGUGGCCAUGAAUCCAAACAACACCAUUUUUGAUGCAAAGCGUCUGAUCGGUCGUAAGUUUGACGACGCAACCGUACAGAGCGAUAUGAAGCAUUGGCCGUUCGAGGUGAUCAGUGACGGUGGCAAACCGAAGCUGCAGGUAGAGUACAAGGGCGAUAAGAAGUCCUUCUUCCCGGAGGAAGUUUCCUCGAUGGUGCUGACCAAGAUGAAGGAAACGGCCGAAGCGUACCUUGGCAAGAGCAUCGCCAAUGCAGUCAUCACGGUCCCAGCGUACUUCAACGAUUCGCAACGUCAGGCCACUAAAGAUGCUGGUGCGAUCGCCGGUUUGAAUGUGCUGCGCAUCAUUAACGAACCGACGGCAGCGGCCAUUGCGUACGGGCUGGACAAGAAGGGUUCCGGCGAGCGUAAUGUACUGAUCUUCGAUCUUGGUGGUGGUACGUUCGAUGUAUCGAUCCUUACCAUUGAGGAUGGCAUUUUUGAAGUUAAGUCAACGGCUGGCGAUACUCACCUGGGUGGGGAGGACUUUGACAAUCGCAUGGUGUCCCACUUUGUCGAAGAGUUUAAGCGCAAGCACAAGAAGGACAUUACGAGCAACAAGCGUGCGUUGCGCCGGUUGCGUACGGCUUGCGAGCGCGCAAAGCGUACACUGUCCGCAUCGACCCAGGCAAGCAUUGAGAUUGAUUCCCUGUUCGAGGGUAUCGAUUUCUACACCUCCAUUACGAGGGCACGCUUUGAGGAGCUUAAUUCGGAUCUGUUCCGUGACACGAUGGAACCGGUAUCGAAGGCACUGCGCGAUGCCAAGAUGGACAAGGCGAGCAUUCACGACAUUGUACUGGUGGGUGGAUCGACUCGCAUUCCCAAGGUGCAGAAGCUGCUGCAGGACUUCUUCAACGGUAAGGAGCUGAACAAAUCGAUCAAUCCGGAUGAAGCCGUUGCGUACGGUGCGGCGGUACAGGCCGCCAUUCUGCAGGGUGACACAUCCGAGGCGGUACAGGAUCUGCUGCUGCUGGACGUGACACCACUGUCGCUCGGUAUUGAAACGGCCGGCGGCGUUAUGACGGUGCUGAUCAAGCGCAAUACCACCAUUCCGACGAAACAGACGCAAACAUUUACGACCUACUCGGACAACCAGCCCGGUGUGCUGAUUCAGGUGUUUGAAGGUGAGCGUGCGAUGACGAAGGACAACAAUCUGUUGGGCAAGUUUGAGCUGAGCGGUAUACCGCCGGCACCGCGUGGUGUGCCCCAGAUCGAGGUGACGUUCGAUAUCGAUGCGAACGGUAUUAUGAAUGUGUCGGCAAUUGAGAAAUCGACCAACAAGGAGAACCGUAUCACGAUCACGAACGAUAAGGGUCGGCUCAGCAAGGAAGAUAUCGAUCGCAUGGUCAAUGAGGCAGAAAAGUUCCGCAAUGAGGAUGAGAAGCAGCGGGAAAAGAUUACUGCGAAGAAUUCGCUCGAAGCGUAUUGCUUUAACAUGAAGUCAACGAUGGAGGAUGCGAACAUUAAGGAUAAGAUUCCGGACGCAGACAAAACGCUCAUCAUGGACAAGUGUAAUGCAACCAUCGCUUGGUUGGACGGUAAUCAAACGGCCGAAAAGGAAGAGUUCGAGCACAAGCAGAAAGAGCUGGAAGCCGUGUGUAAUCCCAUCAUCCAGAAGCUGUACCAGGGUGCGGGUGGUAUGCCGGGCGGUGGUAUGCCGGGUGGCGGUAUGCCAGGUGCCGGUGGAGCUCCACCAACUUCUGGCGCUGGUCCGACGAUAGAGGAAGUGGACUAACAGUAAACUUCACUGAAGGUUACUAGGGAUUGGGCAAAAACUGAAAAGUGCGCCGCAGUGCGCCCCGCACACUGACCAGCGCACAGCACAGAGCGCACAGUGUGUGAAGUGUGCUUCGUGUGUCAAGUGCGCACGGUGCGCACAGUAAAGUGUGCGCGUGCGCGCCCACUGCACACUGAAUUGUGCUCCAUUGCCCAUCACUAAUUUGAAAGUGAUUGUAAUUAGAAAUAUAAAACCACAGAAAAAAAAGGUAAAAACGGUUAAACAAAAAAAAUCAUUUUAUUCAUUCCGUUUUUAUCCGAUUUCGACAACAAUUACUGCGCUUAAUCGCUGCUUCCUGUUUGGUGAGGAGUUUUAGUUUCUUCUCCCGCUUUUCUCUUUUGUUUUGUUUGGGGCUUUUGCUUUUAGUGACAGUUUUGGUUUUGGUUUUGUUUUAUGUUCCUUUAAUUUCAGCUCCGGUUUUACGCACAUGUGUUCGUACAGCAAAACGGGGUGGUUUUGUUUGAUUAGUACGUUUGCCCGGUUUGUUAUAUUGUUUUUUUUUGUUG